AACAGAGAGCAGCUUUCUGCGAGAAAGUUUGUCCGCUCCAGUCCUCGCUGGAACUUCUGGUACAUUGGAACUCGCUUAAACGCUUACGUUUUUACCCGUUUCCUGAGAUCAAGAGUUUAUUUUUAAACCUCUUCAACUGCGCGUCGCGACGAGCGCAGACUUUUACGCACAGUUUUUUUUUUCUUUUCACGCCCCAAAGGAAAAUGCCUCGGUCUUUCUUGGUCAAGAAGUAUUUCGCCAGACAAAAACCGAACUAUAGUGACCUGGAAAGUCAGAAUGACUCCUCCCAGGAGCGGUACCCUCUGGCCGAGUUUCCAUCAGGCUGCAACACAUCCAGCGCCACCUGCCUCACCACAGGCCUAGUUUGGGACCUCAGUGUCCUGCCGGCUCUCUACCUGCCCACCUCCCAAACAGAACCCUCCGCUGCCCCGGGCCCCCUGGACCUCAGCUCCCCGUCCAGCCUCAGCAGCAAUGCCAGCAGCAGCGGAGAGGAGGACGAAGGGCGAACCUCGGACCCUCCGAGCCCUGAACCCGUCCACACGUAUGCGCCCCGUCAGCGGAUGAAAUGUACUGGUGUCAUGGCCCAUGUGAGUCCUCCAGAGGAGGAGGAGGAGAGAGAAGCCCCCGUGACCGCGGUCAGGCCUGCCUUCCUCUGCAAACACUGUCCCAAAGAAUAUACCAGCCUGGGGGCGCUGAAGAUGCACAUCCGGUCACACACCCUGCCCUGCGUGUGCACCACAUGUGGGAAAGCCUUCUCCAGACCGUGGCUGCUGCGCGGUCACAUCCGCACCCACACAGGUGAGCGCCCCUUCUCCUGUCCCCACUGCAACCGCGCCUUUGCCGACCGGUCCAACCUCCGGGCCCAUCUGCAGACCCACGCCGAGGUGAAGAAAUACCAAUGCAGCGUCUGCUCUCGCACGUUCAGCCGCAUGUCUUUGCUACAGAAACACAGCUCCUCAGGCUGCUGCUCGGCCUCGGCAUGAGACGUCACCCAGGGGGAGAGCCAUAGUGACACUCAGGGUAGAGACGGGGGGCGGGGGGAGGCUAACAUGAGCUGGCCUGUUGAGGAGUUUUAAGGCCCCAAAGACCAUGAAGCGGCUGUUUUAAGGGACCUGGACACAAUCAAGACUCAUUCUGGAUUUGAAUUUACAAGCUUUUUCGCUGCCCUGCUUCACUGCAGAGCCUUUUUUUUUUGUCCAUUUUAGUCUUGGGCUGCUGGACCAAAUCUAAACCGAGCUGCGGCUCACUUGAUAUCAGCCCCUUGUUUCUGUUGUGCUCAUUCCAAAAAGCAAAUAUGUAGUGAACUCACUUAAGAGUGCGCGCAAGAGAGAGGUGUUCUUUCCUGCGCUGGUGCCCGUCAGCGCCGGAUCAUAGACACAGCUGCCGAGAGGCAGAGGACCGUGGGUGGACUAAAUCUCUCAGUACGUGCGGCCGCGCACACAUAAGCAAAAGCACACACAGCUGUCCCUGGUACUGUGGUGUAGAUGGACGAGGUGCUAACAGGUGCUUCAGCCAUGACCUUCGCUGGAUAAAUAGCAGGUGACUUCCACUGCCCUUGGUUUGUUCAGAAAGAAAGAGGAAGCGUGUCAUAACUAAAGAAUGGCGUCACUUCGGAAUCGCCUCUAUUUUGUCCACAUGCAAACCCUCUCUCUAAUCCGAUGGGUUUCAGAGAUAGGUAAGCUGUUUUCCCCCCAAAAAAAAAUAAAAAAGAGAAAGCGCCACGGCGCGGCUGUGAGGUCGACGACGAGCGAGUCCUGCACUCAAGGUUACCACAGUGUUAAUAAUACAAGCCAAAGCCAUAAUUGAUAUGUGAACUGAGUCUUUGUCUCGUCGUAGUUUCUUUUUUAAAAGCCAAAAAGUGCCUAUUUUUACCUCAAAGUGUUGCUUCAGGCAGAUUCCUUAUAUUUGUGAUGGAAAUUGUUGUACAGCUAAUGAACUGGGACCAAACGUCUUCCACGUUUACUUCUCCAAAGGUGACCCAAACUAAGAAACCCAAAGAAGAAUUUAGAACUAUUAAUGGCAGUAUUUUACAGUGCAAUGUGUUCAUUGAGAUUUGUACAAUGCUCGUGUGUUUACUUCUCUUUCUUGUAUGUCGUAACUGACAAAUUUGCAUUUCAAUAAAGUAAUUUAUGUUUAUUAAAA